AUGUCGUUCGCACGUUCCGCCGCGCCCGUUCGAAGCGCUCUCCGAUCCGCCGCUCACCAGCACUCGCGCACCUUCACCACCGCCAACGCAUCCGGCAUCACCACCGCCGCUGCCGACGAUGGUGCAUUGACCUCCACCGUCACCGUCGCCAUCAAGGCCGGUUCCCGCUACGAGUCGGCUCCCGGCGUUGCACACGUUCUCAAGAACUACCUCUUCAAGUCCAACCAGAAGCGUUCGGCGCUUCGUCUUGUUCGCGAAGCCGAGUUCUACGGUGGUGUGCUCUCCACCGCUCUCACCAAGGAGCACCUGCUUCUCACCGCCGAGUUCCUGCGUGGAGAUGAGGAGUUCUUCGUCGAGGUGCUCGGAGAUGUGUUGACCAAGAGCAAGUUUGCCGCUCACGAGUUCAACGAGGAGGUCUUGCCUCAGGUUCAGGCCGAGUUCGCCCAGGCGCAAUCCAACCCCGCCGUGCUCGGGUACGACAGCUUGCUCCAGACCGCCUACCGUCAACGCUCGCUCGGUCACUCGCUCUUCGCCUCGCCCGCCUCGCCCGUCUCGCACCGCCAAACCGUCGACUUCGCCCACGCCGCCUUCGCCAAGAACAACAUCGCCGUCCUCGGAUCUGGCAUCGACGCGGGCAAGCUCUCGCAGCUCGUUUCUGCGCACUUUGGCGAGCUCUCCGCCAGCGCCUCGGUCAAGAGCACCGCCGCCAAGUACUUUGGUGGUGAACAGCGCGUCGCCUUCUCCGCCCCCCACGGUGCCGAGAACACGCGGGCUGCUCACGGUCACUUCUUCAUCGCCUUCGAGGGUGCCGGUCACAAGGACGCGAGCCAGGCCGCCAACCUCGCCGUGCUGCGUUCGUUGCUCGGCGGCGAAUCGUCGGUCAAGUGGUCCCACGGCACUUCGCCCCUCUCGCAGGUCGCUGACAAGAUCGUCGGUGCUCAGGCUCAGGCCUUCAACCUCUCCUUCUCCGACUCGGGUGUCUUUGGCGCCCACGUCUCCGCACCCACCGCUUCCGUCCAAUCCGCCGCCAAGCACGUCGCCGAAGCCCUCAAGAACGUCGCCGGCGGUCUCAAGGACGACGUCAUCAAGGCCGCCAUCGCAAAAGCCAAGUUCGAGCGCGCCGCCGUGCUCGAGAACCGAACCGCCUCGCACGAACUCGUCUCCGCUCAGCUCCUCGAGGCCGGCAAGGUGGCUACGUUGGAGGAGUCGUUCGCCGCGCUCGAGGGUGUAAAGGCAAACUCGCUCAGCAAGGCUGCUGAGUCGCUGCUCAAGAGCAAGCCGACUACCGUGGCGGUGGGUGACGUGCACGUUCUGCCUUACGCCGAUGAGGUUCUUUGA